CUGCAACAGCUCUGGUACAUUGUGUACGAGUUUAAUAUCUUUUAAAUGAAUAUUGUUUAUAGUCAGAAAGCAAGAACUCUUUAAUAAUUUCUUUAUCUUGAACCAAAUUGUCACAAGCAUCUUUUCUUCUCUCUGAUAGCUGCUCUGCGUGCAAUUCUACCAAACCGACACUCCACCUUUAGACAAGCUUGGCUCUUUUCUUAUCUAGCAUAUCCAUUACUUUGAAGAACUUUUCAGCAUCAUGGAUCCAGUAUAAAAUGGCCUCAAUAUCAAUCUUAAGACAAUAGUUUUUGAUCUCCUGAACAAAUCUUGCUUCCUUUGGAUAUGCUGCAUUCCCUCCAUCUUCAUCGUUUGAAUCAUCAACAUAGGCUGGCUACCUAUGUUGAUUUGUAGGACUGCGAUGAUCUAUAGGCUGGUCGCGAGCGAGAUCUCCAGCAUAGUUGUUCCCACCUUCUUCACAAUGUUUAUCGGCAUUAAGCCCUCGCAAAUCCCUUCAAGCCCCCAAUCAAUCAUCUAGUAUUGAGCCUUCAACAUUGCUCAAAGAGCCUCACCAUAUCAUACCGUGGGCAAGCUCUAAUACCAAUUGACGCAGAAUGAAAAUGCGUUGGGCUAGAAGCACUUAGACAAGUUUGCUAAAUUGAAGAAAAUCUCUAAAAAAAUUAUUAAUGCUGAGCUCUCUCUCCCAAGUGGUUACAAUGAAUAUUUAUAGAGACAUUCUCUUUCAUAAGAAACUGCUGAUGAAGAAAAGUGCCAAGAACAAAAUAUGAUCCUCUAAUUAAUGAAAUAUUAUCCAGUUAAUUAUGGCAAGAAGACAUACCAAAUAUAGCAUAUCCAAUGAUCUCUAAAGUAAUUAUAGCGAUAAUCAUUAAAUUAGGAAGCCGUGAUACUCGCGCAGACUCACCUUCUAAGAGGAUCGCGGUUGUACCCUUCGCGUGGAAGAAGAUUCACCUUCCUUCGCACGACUCUACCGUUGGAUCAUCUGCUCGCUUUGAGAUUCGUGGAGGUGGAUGCAUGGCGGAGUUCGGAGCGGUUUGACAGCGGUGCAGUAGGUGAUCCAACGGUGGGCGCGAAGGCGCAAGGAAGCAACAGCAGUCCCCUUCCAGAAUCGGGACGGUAGAAAAGCGCGCGGAGAUACCAAAAAGCCACACCCAACACCACCUCCCCUUUCCUCCCCUUUUCCAAAGGCGAGAGGAGGGGUGGCGAAGCAGAAGCGAAACCAAUAGAAACGCCGCGAGGAAACCGAGAGAGAGAGAGAGAGUGUCAGCGGUGAGUCAUAGCAGGACCCGACAAGCCCGAUCCAGCAACAGCAGUAUAAUUCACUUCAGGAAAUCGGGGGGAGAGAAGUAGGAGGCGAUGGACGCAAUUCAGGUGGAUGUUGAUACCAUCCGGCGAGCCCUGGCGGCCUCAGGCCCCUACCUCCUCUGCUUCCUUGUCCUCUUGGUUCUUUUGGGGCAGCUCUCCUACCUCCGGAAAAAAGGGCCCCUCCCCGGUCCACACUUUAUCGUCCCCUUCCUCGGCAGCGCGGUGCCUAUGAUCCUCAACCCCACCAGGUUCUGGGAGCGGCAGGCCGCCCUUGCCAAGUCCUCUGGCCUCGGCUUCUCCGCCGACUACCUCGUCGGCCGCUUCAUCCUCUUCGUCCGAUCCACGGAGCUCUCCCACAAGAUCUUCGCCAACGUCCGGCUCGACGCCUUCCACCUGAUCGGCCAUCCCUUCGGCAAGAAGCUCUUCGGCGAGCACAACCUCAUCUACAUGUUCGAGCAGCACAAGGACCUCCGCCGCCGCAUCGCCCCUAACUUCACCCCCCGCGCCCUUUCCACCUAUCUCGCCAUCCAGCAGCGCGUCAUCCUCUCCCACCUCCGCCGCUGGCUCGCCCUCUCCUUCCCCUUCAAGCCCUUCCGCCUCCGCCUCCUCUGCCGCGAUCUCAACCUCGAGACCUCCCAGACCGUCUUCGCGGGCCCGUACCUCCCCCCCGCCGCCCGCGACCAGUUCAACCGCGACUACAAUCUCUUCAAUGUCGGCCUCAUGGCCAUCCCCUUCGACCUCCCCGGCUUCGCCUUCCGGCGCGCGCGCCUCGCCGUCGCCCGCCUCAUCCAGACCCUCUCCGGCUGCGUCUCCCAGAGCACGGACCGGAUGCGCGCCGGCGAGGAGCCCUCCUGCCUCGUCGACUUCUGGAUGCAGGACAUCCUCCGAGAGAUCGCUAAGGCGGAGGACUCCGGCGUCCCCCCGCCGCCGGAGACCGGCGACCUCGAGAUCGGCGGCCACCUGUUCGACUUCCUCUUCGCCGCCCAGGACGCUUCGACCUCGUCACUGCUGUGGGCGGUGGCGCUGCUGGAGUCCCAUCCGGAGGUGCUCGACAAGGUCCGGGUGGAGGUGGCGGCGCUGUGGUCGCCGGAGUCCGGGGAGCCCAUCGGUGCCGAGCAGCUCCGAGGGAUGCGGUACACGGAAGCGGUGGCGCGGGAGGUGGUGCGGCUCCGGCCUCCUGCGACGAUGGUGCCGCACAUCGCCGGGGAGGCGUUCCCCCUAACGGAGUGGUACAGGAUCCCCAAGGGGACGAUUGUGUUCCCCUCGGCCUACGAGUCGUCGUUCCAGGGGUUCAUUGAGCCGGACCGCUUCGAUCCGGACCGGUUCUCGGAGGAGCGGCAAGAGGACCGGGUCUACAAGCGCAACUUUUUGGCCUUCGGGGCAGGGCCCCACCAGUGCGUGGGCCAACGCUACGCCAUCAACCACCUCCUUCUCUUCAUCGGAAUGUUCCUAUCGCUGAUCGACUUCAAGCGCCCCAGGACGGACGGCUGCGAUGACAUCUCCUACGCUCCCACCAUAGUACCCAAGGAUGAUUGCCAGGUGUACCUCUCGCAGCGCUGCAACCGCUUUCCCUUCUCCUGAUCUGAGGUGUGCUUCAUGCUGGUUGGAUUGGCCUGGCUCUUUACUCAUUUGGUCUAUGCGGGUGGUCGAUUUAUUUAUUUCUUUUUAGGUCUUCCCUGGUCUGGUGUUUGGUGGCGAGGAAGGAUUGCUGCGCGACAGCAUCCGAAAUUGAACGCUUGCACGGGCAGUUGAGUUUUGUGCUUCUAAAAGCACGAAGGGCAUCAGCUGAUGAUCCAGAUAGCAAAAGGAAGGAGUUGUGUCGAUCCUCA